GUCAGCUGAUCAUUUACCUCAGUGACUAGCAGCCUGUCAAUUUCAAGCUAGCACGCAACGUAACGGUUCUACUCUGAAUCACUGAGCAACCCACAAUCCCAAAGAUGGCUGACACCAACGAACAAAGUCCUCCUCCUCCUCCUCCACAGCUAGGGCCUGUGCAAUUUUUAAUGAGUAACAAGCUAGAAACUGCAAUGUGGCUUUCACGGCUCUUCACUGUCUACUGCUCCGUAAUGUUUAUUCUACCGAUUUUAGGACCCUAUGCAGCAGCUAACUUCUAUCAGCGAGCUUUGUUAGCGAACGCCCUCACCAGUGCCCUACGCUUACAUCAAAGGCUUCCACGCUUUCAGCUGAGCAGAGCCUUCCUGGCCCAGGCUCUUCAGGAGGACAGCUGUCAUUACCUGCUCUACUCACUCAUCCUGGUCAACUCCCACCCCAUCACAAGUAUCCUUUACCCUUCAAACAUGGGGAAAAGACAGCUGGAUAGUGCUGGUGGCCAGGGGAGCUUGCUGCUGCCUUUUAUUUACUACCGAUUCCUCACCCUCCGCUACACAUCCAGAAGAAACCCAUACUGCCGCACCUUGUUCACGGAGCUGCGGAUCCUCAUGGAGCAUUUCAUCAUGAAGCCCGCCUGCCCCGCCUUCUUCAGGAAGGCGUGCCUCAGCAGCAUCGCAUUCAUCAGCCGCCUCGCCCCCACGGGGGUCUGAUCACGCUCCAUAGAAGUUUUGUUUUCUUUAUGUUUAGUUUUUCCACCAUUUUAAGAUGUGACUUAAACUUUGAUGAGGACAGAUGUUGCCAUCAACAGAAGGAACUGUUUUUUGAAUGUCAACUUUACACUCUUUGCUCCAACUUCUCUGUAUGUUGGAGUACAGUUGAAGAGCAGCCAGUCAUGCACUGAAGUCUCAUGGUGAUGUUCCUUUCCCCAUCUUCUUAAUGUGACCUCAUUCAGGCGGUGGACACCCUCACUAUGUUACAUUCACUGGAUGCAGCUCAGUUGUCAUCAGCUGUAACGUGAUGUACCGGCUGUUAUCUUUGUUUCCUUUUUAUGUCCUUAUUUAUUCAUGAAAAUCGCUUAUUAUAUGAUGAAACAUUAACAUUCUGAGAUUAGUAACUUAAAUUAAAAUAAGCUUAUACAUUAUUAAUAAUUUUUUUAAUGAUCAUGAUGUGCUUGGUUGAAUGGAGUUUGUGUGCAGCUUCUACACGUUCCAAUUUAUUUUUGUAUGUGCAAAGCAUCCAAGGCUCUGAUUUGACUAAAUGCCUAACUUUAAGUGUAUCCUAUCAAUGCCAUCAACUAACUGUUUUUAACAACUUGAAAGUCUAUGUAGGUAUGAUGUUGAUUUGAGAAAACAAGAUAUCUGCUGUAUUUUAUAGAAUAUGUUAAGGUACCAAGCAUUUUGCGGUAGGCUUGAUAGAUGAAAGGAUUAGCACGAUGCCUGUCAUGUUUUGAAUGCAUUCUCACUUUGUUUCUCAGUCCGAUAUCUCGUUUCAUAUUGCUUCAUUUAUUUGUUGCUAUGUAGUUUGUAUUUUUUUUUUGCUUAACGCAUGCUCUGAUUUCUUUGUCUGCCAUGUUAAAUGUGUUCAUUUGCCUACAGACAAACCACGUUUUUAUGACAAGAAUAAAAUGAUCUCUUAAUUAAACCAAUAAAAUAUUAAAGAACAGCAAUGUGGUUUGAGGUUAUACAUUUGAUCUGAUAUAUUUGUUCUUAAUCUUGUCCUAGUUAUUGACACAAAUUAAAAUGUAAAAGGUGGUCAAAGAGUGCAGACCUUUGCCUAGGCUGUUUUAAAUAAGAAAAUGUCUAUCCUAAUAUGGAUAUUUGGUAGUUUAACAUGAGUUCUUUAAAAAAAAAGUGAAUGAUAAAUGUUACUACUGACCCUUUUAUGUAUACAUGUCAAUGAGAAGGACAAACAUGUGGAAACACCUCAAUAUAAUGUAAGGUAGUGCAGGUAAAUACCACAUGUGACUGAACAUAAUUAUAAUAAUAAUAAAGGUUGAUUUUAAUAAA